GUUCUGUUUUGGGAGUGAUCAGCACUAUGGGAUCACAACUUUCCUUAUUUUCGAUGACUGUGUUGAGUUUAAUCAGGAUGUGGGGAAUCGUGAAAAGUGAUAUGGCCGCUCCCACCCGUGUCAAUAAACGAGCAGUUCUAAAAGCUGUCGUGAUUGUGAUCGGAAUCGUUACUGCUUCGCUAUCAGUAGCGAUUGUACCAUUGGUCACCGCCUUAGAAGACUACUUUGUGCAAGGCAUGUUCUAUGAUCCAGACUACAAGUUAUUUAUUGGUUUUCCGAACAAAAUCAAGCACAUUAAGAUUCUUGAAGCAUACUACAAAAAUGAAAGUUUCUCUGCUGAUACAUCUUGGACUGAGAUCAGCGAAAAGGUUGAUGGAAUGUUCACCCAGAGUUAUGGAACUGGAAGCUUAGAAAAAAGCGCUGUUCACUUUUAUGGUAAUGAUGGUGUAUGCCUUUUUAAAUACUUCGUUCGAAGUGACGACCCUAGAAGAAGCCGAACAACAUUGGAUGUGGACAUGAUCGACGUGAAAGGAAAUAUGAUAGUCUGGCUCAUGCUGGGUGUCAACCUAUUAUGCUUUGUGGUGAUUACCUUGUCCUACUUGUUGAUCAACAUAAAAACUCAGAAAUCGUCCAGGAGUUCUGGACAAAACAAAAAUCUAGAUGCUCUCCUUAAAAACCGGGCAAUGCAGAACAGGGUUGCAAUCAUCAUAGCAACAGAUUUUGUUUGUUGGGUUCCAUUCAUAAUCAUCAGCGGGCUCCACAAUCUCGGGUCAAUCGAUGCUACAGAUUGGUACGUCACUUACGCCAUGAUAGUUUUACCCCUCAAUUCCGUCAUGAACCCGUUGCUCUAUGACAACGCUUUGAGAACAUUUUUCAGUAAUAUUGUCCAAAGUUUUGGUGCUAAAUGUUCAAAUUGUGUUAGAUAUUUGAGAGCGCUUAGAGAUGAGGAAAUGUCGCCUAUGGCAGUACCCACCGACGAUGUUAUCACUGAAACGCCAAUUUAGAUGGAACAGUCACAGUGCUGGCAAGCACGACCGGUGCAUUUAUUGUGGGUAUACUAUGUACCCCCUUUACUAUUAUACCCC